AUGAUUAGACCCACCCUUUGUAGAUUCUUCCACACUUCUGCCUAUACGGCCAUUAAACCCUGUAACGGCCUUUUUAGCACUUGUAUAUCCAGGAACGCACUUAACAGGGCCGAUUUGGCCACUAGUCGUCAGUUUUCCGUUGUGAAUAGGCGAUGUUUCGGCUCCUACAUUGAGGACUACUACACCACCAACCACGCGUCAACUGGGUUUUCAUCGCCCCUGAGGACGUCAUUUUCGUUUCUCGUUAUAUUUUCCCAGUUUAUAAUGACCUUUGGGUACUGGUUGCACACGAACUACUACUUCACCGGGAAGGCUAUUCCGAAGGCCGACGGACAGACGCAGCUGUGUUCGGACUCUCGCUAG